AGGCCACAAGAGAAAGACAUUCACAUCUUUAGUAUAAAGUGCUGAGGUGUUGCACACUACUAUGGCUUUAUGUCUCAGGUUUGGUGUUGUCGUCUGGUUGUUGUUGAUCUUCACGUCUGCUGACGCUACUGAUUUCGACAAGGUCAAGCAGUGGUUAGGCGUGGGUUACGACUUGGUCAAGGCUAAUCCAGCGUACGGCAACGAUGCCUCGCAAGCAUCAGACCCUGGGUUCCACCCCACUAGACGAAUUUUACACUUAAGCAACCCGGUAGCGUCAGACUCCGCAAGUCCGGAAGUCGAGUGGGUGCCCAGGGCGACCUGCAGUAAUGGAACCGUCGAGAAGACGAUUUUCAGCGGGAAGAGCUAUCAGCAGAAGUUACUGGAGUAUGUCCACAUUGAUAGCCAAAGCGACGCUGAUAUUCUUAGUGUGGCUUUUGUUGAAAGCGACCAAUACAAACGAGUGGUCCGUGACACCGACGAGGCAGCGUCUAAGCUCAUCCACGAGAUCGACACCCAGUGCACCAUGGGAACCGUCCGGUACAAGACGGAACUUCUGGCCACAACCUUGAUUGACACAGCCUUCGCGCAUGCGGUCUGCGCACUACCCACAACGUAUGCAUCGGGCCCUUACCUGGACUUUAUUAAAAACUGGGGAACGCAUGCUGCAGUAGGAUUUAAUUACGGAUACGCUGAGGUACAACAGAAGGAAGGAAGUCGAAGGGACUUCAUCGCUGCUCUCAUCCACGCUGACAGCUCACAAGUACAAAACACUGGACCCGUCAAUAACUACACGGAAUCGUUCACUGUAAAAACAGAGAUCAUUGCUUCAUACAAUGUUCAGCAUCUACAGUUCGGGGAACCCUACCAAACUUUAAAGAGAGGAGACAGCCAAAACCCCGAGCCCAUCGACGUGACGCUGCUGCCAAUCAGUGAAGUUUUGACCAAGGUCCACUGGGAAACAUCCGGCCUACCGUCCGACUGUCCGGCUAAUUUGGCCACACUAUUGCCACAGUAUGCCGCUAAUCUCAAGACAGCUACCACCGAAUACGCUAAAACUUUUGUUGCUCCUUCUGCGGAACCAGCGACGUUCGUGACGCCCCUGUCAUGGCCAGCCUCACAGUUUGGGCUGUUCAAGCCUCUGCUCGGCUGUUCCAGUGAUGGCGUCUCCAAGUUUGAGAGCGGCGUUAGAGAGUUCUCUACUGAGACGACAUUCAACAACAACAAGUGGUCUGCACCCUUACAUUUGGCUGGCGAGUUUAACAAGAACAAAAUGACAAACGAGUUUUGUGUUAAAGCUGCCAAGACUAACGCUUAUGAUUGGCCAAAAGGUUCCUACUGUAUCCAUAGAUACAGUGGUGCUUGCCCUACAGGAUUUACCGAGGGCUGGGUGAAGUGGGACGACGAGGACGGCUCAGACAAUCACAACAACUUCGCCGGCACUGUACCUGACGGUGACUACACACACGACACACGGAUGUUAUUCUGUUGCAGAAUGGACGGGCCGUCAACAUUUAAAAUCCUACUCCCAAAUCGAUCACCGUUUUUCCUGCUCCGGUUUGGAGGCAAAUGUCAAGAGGUGUAUGGCAUGGAUAUCAUAGAAGAGUGGGAGGAGUUUGACACUGAGGACACGUUCCAUGACAACGCUGACGACCACCACGCCCCCUAUCCUGAUGAUGGAUCACUGAAUAACAUCAAGUUUAUACUGUGUUACUACCAACCCAGCAGCAAUAUGCCAACCCCUAGCUCCGUGGUUGGUUAAAGUAAAUAGACGUCUUUGCUCAACCUGACACUCUCUUAAUCCACACACACAGAGAUUAUGGUUUGGAUCAGGGAUGUAACUGUAUAUCAGAUGUCAACAUUUUAUUGAGAUCUAAAGUGGACUGGUUUAUUUAUUUUAUUAGCGGUUCCCCUACUUGGAGGCGCUUCAUGAUUAUUGCUAAAAUCGUUUUUGGAAAAAUAAAACUUUAAACCUGAAUAC